AUGAAUGCGAGGUUAGGUAUUGAAGACAUUAUCGAGAGAAUGGAAGAUGAGAAGCUUCGUCUCCUACAGAAUCAAUCUGUUACAAGAUAUGACCCAAAUGUUAGAGGCCGUCAUUCCGUUGUAUGUAGGCAUUGGAUUAGAAACAUGUGUAUGAAAGGGGAUUUUUGUGACUUUUUGCAUCAGUAUGAUUAUGAAAGAAUGCCACCAUGCUUUACAUAUCAAAAGUAUGGUGUAUGCGUCGAUGAGGCGCUGGGAAAUUGUCCUUUCAAACACAAGGCAGACGACACACCACUUUGCGCACAGUAUUUCUUGGGAUUCUGUAAAUAUGGCCCGAAGUGCAAAAGGCGUCAUGAGCCAAAAGCAAGACACGAAAUACCAGAUUUUCUCCCAGACUCAUUUCUAUUGUCUAUAAUACAAGACAAGAGCCUAAUACCUAAGAUGGAUCCGGAGACAUCUUCCAUUAUAAAAGUAUUGGAAGACAUUUGCAAAGAGAGUUAUGCACAAGCUGUUUGUUCAGAAGUAUCAAAUAGUAAUUAA